AUGUCAACAACAAGAGCAAUUCCAGUAUCUUUAAAGGAUAGAUCAGAUAUCGAUUUUUCAACAUCAUUAGGUGGCACUUUAUAUGGUACUACUCCAGGUGGCACAAAGAUUGUUUAUGAUCGUAAUGCCUUAUUACAAUAUCGUAAUUCACCACUCUCAAAAACUCCACCACCACAAUUAGCUCAUAUUACAAAUACUGAAUUAAACAAGAAAGUUGAAAAAUCCACUACAACUCCAACUACUACAACUCCACCAACUACCACCGCUAAACCAAAACCAACUAACGACGAUGAUAUUUUCCCCAUGGAAUAA